CCUAUUUUAUUAUUGUUUAAGAAUUUCAAAUCAAUGUCUUCUUAACGUUAUUGCCUCACCUGCUCUGGCAAUAGCAAGAAACAGCGAUGUUGUCACCCAGGUUAUCCUGAAGCAACGCUAACGUCACUUGGUCGACAUAGCGGGCGACUAGCGUACGCGGUGGACGGAGGAUGAUGGAGAUGCGGUGAAACAGCUAACGACAUAUCAUCGACUCUGGUGUUUCCCACUAAACGUUUACAGCGACAUACCAAUAUUCACAGAACUGGAUUCCAAAUUGCCUUCUACUAUCAAGAGAUAGCCAGCCUGGUGGAUGGAGACCCAGAAGGAAUGACUGAGUCUCCUUCCCCUUGGGUGACACACCGACAGUUCCAGAAAAUGCACUGGGCCACUGGAUACGUUAUUUUGGUCCUGGUGUUCCUUAUCGCCUCUCACACCAAUGGGGCCUUAUCUCUGGACACAGAUGGAAACCAUACAGAACCCGGCAAUGUGACAGAUAGCGGAUUUGUCCCGGUUGUGUUCACAAAAGUGGGCCAGAUAAUUGCUCGUGAGGGGAAAAGCGCGCUGAUUGAUUGCAAUGUCACCGGAGAGCCUUUCCCCAGUGUUCAAUGGUUCAACUCCCAUGGAGACCGUCUGGACACAGAGAUGAAUGGUGAUAAGUGGUGGCUGCUGGACACUGGUGUCUUAAACAUCACCAGCAUUGAGUUUGCAGACCGUGGAAAGUACACCUGCAUGGCGUCCAACGUGCACGGCAGUUCCAACUGCACAGUGACGCUGCGAGUGAUCUUCACCAACGGUGACAUGGGCGUUUACUACAUGGUGGUUUGUCUGGUCACCUUCACCAUCAUUAUGGCCCUGAACAUCACACGCCUCUGCAUGAUGAGCAGCCACCUGAAGAAGACCGAGAAAGCCAUCAAUGAAUUCUUCCGCACCGAGGGCGCCGAAAAGCUGCAGAAGGCCUUUGAGAUAGCCAAGCGGAUUCCCAUCAUCACCUCGGCCAAGACGCUUGAGUUGGCCAAGGUGACGCAGUUCAAGACCAUGGAGUUUGCGCGGUACAUCGAGGAACUGGCUCGCAGCAUUCCGCUGCCGCCGCUUAUUAUGAAUUGCCGCACCUUCAUGGAGGAGAUCCUGGAGGUGGUGGGCGUGGAGGAGAUGAGGCACACCUUUGUCAGACAAGCGCCCGAGGGAUGUCGCGACACAGUGAGCAGGGCCAUUGGGCCAAGAGACAUCUUCUCCAUCCUGCAGGAGAGGGAGCGCGAGAGACAGCAAGGGCAGGAGAGGGAGCGCAGCGAAUCCCCCGCAGCUGACUCAGAGAACUCCUCCGUUCACGAGCAGCCACAGCACAUCGCCAUCCAGGUGUCGGUCCACCCACAGCUCGCCAUCGAGGGUUACUGCAGCAUUGAAGAGCCACCUCAGCCGGAGGCCACACCCUCCUCACCUUCCCCCUCCUCUCCCCCACCACUCGCUUCUCUUGAGCCCGAGGAGCAGCCUGAGGCCGAGGCCGAGGCCGAGGCCGAGGUCGAGGCAGAGCAGGACACCGACCAGGCUGCACCCGAAGCGACAGCCGCAAACAAUACCCCUCCCUGCCAGGUGUUUUAUGAGAGCCACGUGUGACCAACCCCAGAGAAACAAUAAAUUAUCCUGCUAUGCAUUUCCACUUGAAAACCAGAAGAGGUCAACAUUUUUAAUUUCCCAUUUUGGAGUGAAACAAUCACAUUUUUUAUUUAUCUUUUCUGGAGGGACAAUCUCUUGAAACCUUUAUUCUGACAAUAAAUCAUGAGGUUUUCAUCAGGAAAUCAUGAGAGUCACUCUAGACUUUCAUGCUUGAUUGUACACAGCAGGGGUAAUCAAUAAUAUUAAUGUUAUAAGCAGUGAUUGUAAGGUGAUGAAAUGUUGAGAUUUUUAUAGCUCAUACUAUUAUUUAAAGAAAUAGGGUACUCACAGGGGUGGGGGAUAAGUGCUUGGGGUUUUCAAGAUUCCAGAAAUCUGCCUCUAGCUGCUCUUCAUGCAGUUUCUCAAACCAUGAAAGCUAAGCUUCCUUUAUCUGCUCAAGAUUCACAUCCAGCUACUGUUACAGCUGGUCUGCUGCUGUUGUACGACGUCCUGCUCACCUAGAGAUGCAUGCUGGACUG